AAGUUUCUCUGUUUAACUUUAAAUAGAGGUGUUUCUGAGUUCUGCAGUUAUCUCUAGUAAGCAGUAAUCAAUAUAAUCACUUCUUCAUAUCCAUGGCCUUCCAAGAAGUCUCUUCCUCUUCCUCUUCCUCUUCCUCUUUAUCUUCCACUUCCUCUUCCUCAUCUUCCACCCGUCAAUGGAUUUACGAUGUGUUCUUGAGCUUUAGAGGCGAAGAUACUCGCAACAAUUUUACUGCCCAUCUAUAUGAUGCUUUGGUUCGAAUGGGAAUCAACACCUACAGAGAUGACGACGACCUCAAAAGAGGAGAAAACAUUUCACCGGCACUUCUCAAGGCUAUUGAGGAGUCGAGGAUUUCAGUCAUUGUGUUUUCUCAAAACUAUGCAUCAUCCUCAUGGUGCUUGGACGAACUUGUAAAGAUCCUUGAGUGUAGGGAAACAAUGGAACAAAUCGUUGUACCAGUGUUCUACAAGGUAGAUCCAUCGGAAGUACGGCAUCAAAGAAAGAGUUUUGGAGUAGCAUUCGCCAAACAUGAAGAAAGGUUCAAAGAUAAGCAAAUGAUGGUGCAGAAGUGGAGGACAGCCCUAACACAAGUGAGCAAUUUGUCUGGGUGGCAUUUAGGGAACAGGUAUUUCUUACCUUAA